AUUGUUCUUCUUUGUGGUGGCGAUGGCAGAGGAGCAGCAUCAGAAUUAUCCUGUGGCUGAGGCGAUUCCGGGUACGCCUGGGAUCCAUGAAGUGAGGAUCCAACCCGGUUCUGAGAAUUUCGGGUUCUGUGUUGAUCCGGUUGGUGUUUCUAAUGUACCUGGAAUUAGGAGAGUUGGUUUGAGAGCUGAAAUCGAUACAUCUCCUCCAUUUGGAUCGGUUCAGGAGGCGGUGACCCGAUUCGGUGGUCGUGGUUAUUGGGUUCCUUUCAAGCUUGAAGACAGUUUCAAUGGAGAAUUUGACAUAAAGAGAAUGGAAGAGCAUGCAGCGGAGCUUGAGAAGGAUCUGAUUGUGAAAGAGCUUGAAACUUUGGAUGUUCUUGAAGCACUUGGAUCAACGAAAAGGAUCGUUGAAGAUUUGAAGCGGCAACUUCAGCAAGAAGCUCUGAGAUGCACUGAACAUCUCAGUUCGGAUAUCAAAGAGAUGAACGAUGAGCAUUGCCAUCACAAUCCCAUGUCAUCUCCCGAUCUGAUCUUGAUGGAAUUGAAGCAAGCUAAGAUGAAUCUUGGUAAAACCAUGGAUGAUCUUGUAGUGAUCCAAUCCUCUGUUGAGUCUCUCAAUAAGAAAAUGAAGGAAGAGAAAGAUUUUCUUGAGAAGACACGAGCAAAGCUAACUUAUGGGUUUGGAGGACCGGUAUCUCUAGCUGAGGAGUUGAGUCGGAUUAAGGCAAAACCACAGGUUCCAGAUGAACCACUAAGGGAACAGGUUAAGAUGGUUGCUGAAACCGAUGAAACGGGGUUAAACCUGCAGAACAAGAACUGUCUGAGAACCGCAGAGAUGAGAUUGGUUGCUGCUAGAAAAAUGGAAGAAGCUGCAAAAGCAGCGGAAGCACUUGCGAUUGCUGAAAUUACAAUGUUAUCAUCCAAUGGUGAAAGCCAGGACGAUGAUUCGGAAUUUUGCUUUCCAGAGCCUCCAAGAUCUCCCGUAACACCGAGAGGACUAAGGAUUGAUAAUGACUUCUCCACCGAUAAUAGCUCAAGAAGAGGGAUUUUAAAGAAGCUUGAGGAAGCUACUGAAGGAGUUAAACAAAGUAAACAAGCUUUAGAAGCUGCGUUAAACCGAGUAGAGAUCGCUAAUGUGAAGCAACUUGCAGCUGAAAAUGCUUUCCGUGGGUGGACAAAAGACUCAUCGAAAGGCGAUAAUUUUACACCUUUGCAUCAUACCCGACGCUCCUUUUUCAGCCAUUUAAACAAGCAUCAUGAGCCACUUGACAACCUCCCAAAGCCAGUGUUGAAGUCUAACGUCUCAAUGCGUGAUGUUCUAAGGCGUAAGCAAGUUCCAAAGGAAGAUAUUGUUGCUCCCCAAAGGCAGAGCCUUGAAGGGCAAAUCCCGAGGCGAAAUGCGAAUCUGAGCCAAAUGUUGAAGGAGUUGAAGCAGGAUGUGAAGUUUUCAACAAAGGCCGAGAAAGAGGAGGUGCAUGAAGAGAAACAAAAAUCUCUCUCGUCUCCCAAGUCAUGCCGGAUAGUUCGUUGUUCCGUCGAGGGAACCACUGUAACCGAGCGGAAAGUCUCGGCAACCAGUGAGCCUCUUCUUCUAAGAGCUGUUAAAGGAGAAGUUGUUGAUAGACCUCCGGUUUGGCUUAUGAGGCAAGCUGGGAGAUCAGAGAAUGCGGAUCUUGUGGUGGAAAUUUCUCUGCAGCCAUGGAAGGUGUUUAAGCCAGAUGGGGUGAUUCUGUUCUCAGACAUUCUCACUCCAUUGUCUGGAAUGAACAUACCUUUCGACAUUGUUAAAGGAAAAGGCCCUAUCAUCUUCAACCCGCCGCAAUCAGCUGCCGACGUUGAUCAAGUUAGAGAAUUCAUACCUGAGGAAUCUGUUCCAUAUGUUGGAGAAGCACUCAAAAGAUUAAGAAAUGAGGUGAACAACGAAGCUGCUGUUCUGGGUUUUGUUGGAGCUCCAUUUACUCUUUCUUCGUAUGUAAUCGAAGGUGGCUCAUCUAAGAACUUCACACAAAUUAAAAGAUUAGCUUUUUCUCAACCCAAGGUUCUACAUGCUUUACUCCAGAAGUUCACAACCUCGAUGAUCACGUACAUACGUUAUCAAGCAGAUAGCGGAGCUCAAGCUGUACAAAUAUUCGACUCUUGGGCUACCGAGCUUAGCCCGGUGGAUUUUGAAGAGUUUAGCUUACCUUAUCUUAAACAGAUUGUGGAAGCUGUGAAACAAACUCACCCAAACCUACCUCUCAUACUGUAUGCGAGUGGAUCAGGAGGUUUGCUAGAGAGACUGGCUCGAACCGGUGUGGAUGUUGUGAGCUUGGACUGGACUGUGGACAUGGCUGAAGGAAGAGACCGGCUAGGAAGAGACAUAGCGGUUCAAGGAAACGUGGAUCCGGGAGUUCUAUUUGGAUCGAAAGAUUUUAUCACAAGCAGGAUUCAUGAUACUGUGAAGAAAGCUGGGAGAGAUAAACACAUUCUCAACUUGGGGCAUGGUAUUAAAGUUGGAACCCCUGAAGAGAAUGUUGCACACUUCUUUGAGAUUACAAACAAAAAAAAGCAGAGAAAAAACCCUGAAGAAGAUCGAAUAGGUAAGAUGGAGCAACUUUGGAGAGAUGAUGAUUGGAUUGUGGACGAGUCUUCCUUGACGAAGGUCUCCUCUCUUGGCCGAGGCAGCUUCGGUCGCGUCUCUCUCGAGAAGGACUCUAACUCCGGUCGACUAUACGCAAAGAAGUCAUCGUCGAUGCAUCUCCAAAAGAUUCUCGAGAAGGAGCUCAGGAUCAUGCAUCGUUUCCGCAAUCAUCCUCGCAUCGUCCAAGCUUCAAACAAGCUUCACUUUCAAACCAAACCCUAUGAAUAUUGCAGCAUCUAUAUGGAGUACGGCUCCAAAGGUAAUCUCUAUAAGAUUUUAUCUGGUUUCCCCGACGAAUCACAGCCCAUACCGGAGUCUUUGGUCAGUCGGGCGGCUCGUAUGAUCCUAGAAGGACUCGUGGCUCUUCACUCCGAUGGUUACGUUCACUGCGACCUCAAGCCAUCCAACGUUCUCGUCUUCCCUUCCACAACUCCUGGAGAGCCGUGGGAUCUCAAGCUUGCUGAUUUCGGAUCAUCCAAGGAACCUGAUUCUGAAUAUGAUUCUAUGUCCCUUGGUACGGCUCAGUACAUACCAUCAGAGGCUUUUGGGCCAAACGGACUGAUCAAGCCGGGCCAUAUCGAUCCGGGACUUGAUAUAUAUGCUCUAGGGUGUGUGGUUUUUGAGAUGUUUGGAGCUGUACCUGAGCAGGAGUACUUUGAAGAAUAUUACGAUUGGAUAUUGCAUCGAGAAAUCUCCCCGGAGGCUCAAGAUUUCUUGACGCUGUGCCGUGACAUGCAUCCACACAGGCCCACCGCGACACAGCUCUUGAACCAUUCUUUCAUUACGCAGAGACUUCCAUCGCCAACCACAGCUAGAUUAAACGAUGCGAUCGGCGACAAGAGAGUAACCCUAGCAGCAGACACAACACACAACACUAGUUCAUCGAGAAGCAAGAUGACUUUCAAGCGUAGAAACGGUGGAAGGAACAAGCACAACAGAGGUCACGUCAAGCCAAUCAGAUGCUCCAACUGUGGCAAAUGUUGUCCCAAGGACAAGGCCAUUAAGAGGUUCAUUGUGAGGAACAUUGUGGAGCAGGCUGCUAUUAGAGAUGUUCAGGAAGCUAGCGUCUACGAAGGAUACACAUUACCGAAGCUAUAUGCAAAGACGCAAUACUGUGUCUCCUGUGCUAUCCACUCUCACGUCGUUAGAGUCCGAUCCCGCACCAACCGCAGGGUUCGUACUCCUCCACCUCGUUUCGCCAGACGCAAGGAGGAUACUCCCAAGCCUGGGCAACCAGGACAGGCCCCUCGUCCAGCUGGACCUGGAGCUGCAGCUGCACCGCGUGUUUGAAGCCUUCAAGCAGCUUUCUCUCUUUGUUUCUUAUGUUCUAUUUACUUCUUUGAGGAUGUUUGUCUCUGGUUCAGAUUGUUUUGCCAUGUGGAUCUUGAAUUCUGUCAAACUAUUUCAAUAGUUGAUUCAACUUUGUUUUUUGCACCUCUAUAUCCACUUUUGCAGUCUGACGUUUUAGUUAACUAGAUGCUUAAUGGAUGGUUCUUUUGCAAUUCAACAUCUUAACACUAGCGGAUGCUGAAUCUGAGAUGUGUUUUCAAAAGCUUAAUACAGAUAAAAAAUGUAG